AAUUAUCCUCCACGCUGCGUUGGAUGGGAUUUAUAUUCUUGUGUUCAAAAGGAUUGUUAAAAUUAAAAGCUGAAUUCUUUUGACGGUGGUUUGGCAGUAGUCAAAAGCUGGCAUCAUGAUUCUCAAAGAUGGUGAUUUUAAGAGUUCUGACCCACUAGAAGACAACGAUGAAUCGUUUGUUCUAAUGGCGGUCUUCCAUGCAGUCGAAGAUGGAAACCUUCAGGGAAUUAAGGAGCUCGUGGAGAACCUCACAACCUUUGACCCCAACCAGAAGAACAAGCAUGGAGAGACUGCUUUGCAUAUGGCGUCAGGGCAGGGUCACAAAGACAUUGUUGAGUAUCUCUUGACUAAAGGAUCCACCAUAGAUAUCAAGGAUAAGCAUGGGGAUAAUGCAAUAUACUGGGCAGCCAGGCAGGGCCAGGUCGCCUUGAUAGAGUACUUAAAGGAGAAUGGAUGUCCACUGAAUGACCAAAACAGGACGAGAGAGACUCCAUUGCACGUUGCCUCUCGUUAUGGGCAGGUAGAGGCAGCUCAGUACCUAUGCAGUCUGGGUAUUAACGUUGAUAUUCAAGAUGAAGAUGGGGAGACACCUAUACACAUCUCGGCAUGGCACGGUUACAUGAAUAUUGUACAGACGCUGUGUAACACAUCUGCUAACUUGGACCUCAGAAACAAGGAUGGUGAGACGCCUCUGAUCUGUGCCUCAGCCAGGGGCCACUUAGAAAUCGUCUCAAUUUUAGUCAAAUCCAGAGCCUUCCUUAAUAACAGCGACAAACAAGGUCUUUCAGCGCUACACCACGCUGUUAGGAGACACCACUAUAACAUCGUUAGGUAUCUAUGUGAAAAUGAUUGCAACGUCAACAUGCAAGACAAGUUUGGUGAGACGUCACUUCAUGUGGCAGCAAAGGAUGGUUCUCUUCAUAUCUUAGAAUUACUGCAUUGCGCUGGUUGUAAUGUGGACACAUUAAAUAAGUGUGAAUCAACUGCCCUUCAGUUAGCUGCUAAACAUGGCCACAUAGAAAUAGUCAGGUACCUGUGCCUUGCUGGAUGCAAACUGGACCACAGAAAUAAGGAUGGUCUAACGGCAGUACAAAUAGCCACAUUAGAGGGCCAUGAAGAUGUGGUGCUCAUCUUUAAACAGUUACAAGGGGAGAAGAUGAGAGAGGUUUACGUCCACCAGCUCAGCUCAAGCUCUGGCCCCCUGUCAAGAAUCCGACUGAAGAUCUUCGGCCACCAGGGGGUGGGAAAGAGCUCGCUCAUUGACUCGUUGAAAUGCGGCUACUUACGAGGGCUGUUCCGCCGUUCCAAGUCUAACCUGAGCCUGAUCGGUCGGUCGGCGACGAAGAAGUACAUGGCGAGCAAAGAGAACCUGAUGGGGAGGUCGCUGUCGACGAGUAGCGCUGAUCAGGAUUAUAACGGCACCAGAGGAAUUGACGUGUCUCAGAUUAAUAUACCAGGUGCCGGUGAUUACACAGUAAUGGAGUUCCCCGGUGCCGAGUCGUAUCACACCAGUUACUGUCACUUCAUGGACGAUGACGGUGCCAUUAACCUCAUCGUCUUCAGACUCGAUGACACCUUUGAGGAUCAGCUGGCACAAGUCACUUACUGGAUGAACUACCUCAAGUCUAGACUGCCGGUGUCCGAACCCAUCGGUCACUGUGGCAAGUACAGCCAGCAGAUGAAAAUUGCCCUCGUAGCGACCCACGCAGACUACCGUACCUGCCCCAAGCUACCCUCCGGUGAGCUGAUCAGCGGAGAGGGAAACAUCGUCCUGUAUCAGAUUAAGAAGAGCUUCGGGCGGCUCUUUGAUAUCUGUGAGAUGCUGUUUGUUGUGGAUGCUAAUAACUCCCAGUCCAGAGAUAUGAAGCUUCUACGAACCCAUCUGUCUAACCUCAGGAAUGCAGUGGUCAAGCAAGAGCCCCCGCUUACAGUCCUCUGCGAGGCAGUCCUUUCCAUCUUGCCAACAUGGCGUAAGAAUGAGAAGUGCCAAUCCUUCCCGGUGCUGACGUGGCAGCAGUUUGAGGAUAUGGUUCACACCCAGAUCAAUCCGCUGGCUAGUGAGCCCCACCUUAAGGAUGUAGUCAGACAACUUCACUACAUGGGAGAGGUUCAGUGCUUCAUGAGUGAGCUCCUUCAAGAGAUCAUCUUGAUCGAGCCUCGAUGGCUCUGCUCAAACAUCAUUGGUCAACUCCUAUCACCUGAUACCACAGACCAGCCCUACGGCCAAUAUAGCGUCCAUUACAUCCAAUCCGUCUUCCCGGAAACAGACUGUGUCGAUAUCGUCCAGUUGCUUGAGGCGAUGGACAUCUGCACGCAGGGAACGGUGUGCGAGUUCCCCUCGUUGAUCAAGAGUAAUACGCCGCUUGGGAUAUGGGAGAAAGAAGAUGAGAAUGGGAAUUUGAACGUUUAUGGAGGAGUACGUCUACAGAUCGCCGAAUGCACGAGUGUCUUGCCGAUCGGACUGUUUGCUCGAAUUCAGCUAUCAUUACGGAGGAACUUCCAGCAAGAUGUGGAGGAUCUGGACACAGAUUUAGUCUUGUGGAAGGACGGAGCUAAGUGUGUGAGCGGAAGCAUGGAAGCCUUACUUGUACUGACUAACGAGGGACAGGGGAUCGAGGUAAGGGUCCGAGGGAUCAGUGAUACACGGCAGGGCUGCUUUGUCUUUAUGGAGGAUCUGGUCCACUUAGUAAAGAAUGUCGUUGAGGAAUCCUAUCCGGGUUUGCUGCUCAACCAGGACAUGUUGAGCCCAACCCAACUCCGCAACCACGAUCGCUUCCUCAUGACCUACGAGCCUAAGCACAUCUUCCAGGCGCAGAUCAGCAAGGAGCGAACCGUCCAGAAUGAGAUCACGGAAGAGAUGGAGUCCUUCACCGAUCUCUUCUGCUUCGGCAGCGACUCCAUCGAGGCCAACACCAUCCCCGGCAUCGACCUGCACAUUGUGGACCUCCCCGAGCUGACCCGGCGGCAACUGAGCAUGCUCCUUGACCCCCCUGACCCCAUGGGUAAAGACUGGUGCCUGAUGGCGCUCUCCCUCGGCAUGAUGGAUCGGGUACCUGUCUUGGAUCCGUUGAAUAAUCGAUGCGGUCCCGAGGAGUCGGACAGCCCAACGGAGAGAACUUUGCAAGAGUGGGGCAGUGACCCCGGGAGCACCAUCGGCACCCUGAUCAAGAAACUCAAAGAUCUCGGACGGGAAGACGCAGCCAGAGUCAUCCUGAACAGCAUGCCAUUGUAUAAGUUUCUUCCAGACCCACAGGCUAUGGAAGAGGGCCAUCUGCGGAUCAACAGCACCCCAAACAACUCGUCGAGUACGGUCGCUUCAAGAUGAGGGGUCUACACAUUUGCCACUAAGAUGCAUACGCACUUCAUUUUUUAACUUGAACACACCUCGUGUUAGCCUGAAGGCCUUGUCACAGGAGGCAACUUUUACAGGCAACUUGGAGGCAACCAACUGCGCUGCAUGCAAAAGGAACACUUUGAUAUGAUCACAAAGAAAAAUAUGUGAACAUUAAUAUGUGAAUGCUUUUUCUUCCAUGAGAUUGCCUGAAACUUGUUGAAUGUAAGUUACCUCGUGUGACAUGGCCGUAAUAUCACUUCAUCAAGCUAAAGUGACGAUGUCAUUAGAUAUGAAAUGUAUAGUUCAUAUAGCCAAUGAAAUAUUUUGUUGUGCCCUAAUACCAGUGUUUUCCCAUAGCGUUCUGUAUUCAGAUUACUGGUGAGAACAAUGCAAAGUGGCAACUGUUUUGGGACAGUUUCUAGAUUGUAAGACCAAAAAUGUGUUAACAGUAAUUUUUUUGACUAGACUAUCUCUAGGUGCUUUGCCAUUAAGAUUUUACAUGUAUUAAACAUACAAUGCAAUUCUAGGGUUGUAUCUUUUUUGUAUAUUUCACUUAUCACUAAGAGACUGUUGGUUUCUUCCCCUUGGACCCUAACCCUCCAAAAUCCUUCCAUAACCUCAUUCAAAAAUGAAGGAUGCAGAAGGAUUGAUCGCUGUUGGCCCAAAUAAAAUUUGCUUAUCACUGGGUCAGGCUUAGCAAUCUUCACCAAGUUAAUGCAAUUCACCAGACACACAAGGCCUGAAGGCCACUUCAAGGUGUGGGCUACACUUUUUUGUUUUUUUCCGGAGGC